AUGGACAGAGAAACCUCGGACGUCAAUCUCUGGUGCCUGUCUCAAAGAGAAGACAAGCCACUUCACGAGUUCAUGAACAGAUUCAAGCUAGUAAGGGCAAGAGUCACCGGGAUCAGCGACAAAGUGGCAAUCGAUGCUCUGAAGAAAACCCUCUGGUACCGGUCGAAAUUCUGGCAAUGGGUAUCCCUUGAAAAACUGAGAACGAUUCAGGAUGCUCUUCAUAAGGCAACGGACUUCAUUGGAGAAGACAUCCAAGGCGAGCACAACUACACUAUCAAUUCCGAACAAGGGAAGACCUCCGGAAACACCUGGUCCAGGAACCAGUAUAAGAAUAACUCCUACUGCGAGUUCCACCAGACCAAAGGUCAUUCCACUACGAACAGCAAAGUUCUCGGCUCAAGGCUAGCCGCAAAACUGCUCGCUGGCGACCUCUCAAAGGUCACUAGCAUAAAAGACCUCAUCCUGGAUUCCGACCGCCCUCCCAGGACUGAUAAAGAGUCUCCCGAGAGGGACUCACGCGUAAACCAGUCUCCUGAGAGGGACGCACGCGCAAACCAGUCCUGGCGAAGAAGGCAGGAUGACCUUGGAGACAAUAAUACCUGCCGGAGGAUAAACAUGAUCAUCGGAGAAUUGCAAUUCUACCGCGACUUUGUUUCAUCCAUCAAGGCCUACGGAAGAAAGGCGGAAACAAGUUCUAACUGGACGACUCGGUCCCUGACCGACAACGCUCCAAACGAUAAGAUUGUUUUCGAGGAGGAGGAAACCGUCGGACUCGAUAAACCUCACUGCGACCCGCUGGUCAUCGACUUGGUGAUUCGAGAGCUCGAAGUGGGAAGAAUCCUCAUAGACACAGGCAGCACGGUCAUCGUCAUUUUCUGCGACCCUCUCUGGAGAAUGAACAUCAAACUCGGGGAAGUCGUCCCGGAACCAAAACCACUAACCGGUUUUUUGGGCACAACAUCAAUGACCCUCGGAUCGAUCAAACUUCCGGUCAUGGCAAGGGAAGUCACGAAAAUCGUUGACUUUGCCGUAGUCGAUAACCCGGCCAUCUAUAAUGCAACGGGUCCGGACAGCGACGCGAUCCCGGAGUCCAUCGCCCUACCAGCGGAAAACCCGACUCACGAAACGGCCGCCGAUUUAACUAAAGCCUCAAUGGCCGAAGUAACAGAAAUGGCCCUAUCCAACGAGUAG